AAGGGUGACACAAGAUGGCGGCGCCCAUAAGCGGUUGAGGCGUGGCAGCGGAGGAUGUUGGCGGCGGCCCGGGCUCUGCGGGGGCCGCGGCCGAGGUGGCCGGCACCGGCUCGCGAGCACUGGACACCGGCCGGCCGUUCGCGGAGCCGGCGAGAAGCGGCCGAGGCCGAGGCGGACGUUCCGGUGUUUCAGUACGUGGGCGAGCGCGCGGCUCGCGCCGAUCGCGUCUUCGUCUGGGGCUUCAGCUUCUCCGGGGCGCUCGGGGUGCCCAGCUUCGUGGUGCCGUCCUCGGGGCCUGGACCGCGCGCCGGCCUGCGGCCCCGACGCAGGAUCCAGCCGGUCCCCUACCGCCUGGAGCUGGAUCAUAAGAUUUCCUCUGCUGCCUGUGGCUAUGGAUUCACAUUGCUGUCCUCGAAAACCAAGGAUGUUACAAAAGUCUGGGGCAUGGGACUCAACAAAGAUUCCCAGCUGGGAUUCCACAGGAGCCGGAAGGAUAAAACCAGGGGCUAUGAGUACGUUUUGGAGCCCUCGCCUGUCCCGCUGCCGCUGGACAGACCUCAGGAGACAAAGGUGUUGCAGGUGUCCUGCGGUCGAGCACACUCCCUUGUCCUGACAGACAGAGAAGGUGUCUUCAGCAUGGGGAACAAUUCCCACGGGCAGUGUGGCCGGAAGGUGGUGGAGGAUGAAGUAUACAGCGAGAGUCACAAAGUGCACAGGAUGCAGGACUUCGAUGGACAGGUGGUCCAGGUUGUCUGUGGUCAGGACCACAGCCUGUUCCUCACAGACAAAGGUGAAGUCUACUCUUGUGGCUGGGGUGCCGAUGGACAGACAGGCCUGGGUCACUACAACAUCACCAGCACACCCAGCAAGCUGGGCGGAGACCUUGCCGGGGUGACCGUUGUCCAGGUCGCCACCUAUGGUGACUGCUGCUUAGCUUUGUCCGCUGAUGGAGGUGUCUUUGGCUGGGGAAAUUCCGAGUACCUGCAGUUGGCCUCUGUCACAGACUCCACACAGGUGAAUGUCCCUCGGUGCCUGCCUUUCUCCGGAGUAGGCAAGGUGAAGCAGGUGGCUUGUGGUGGCACAGGCUGUGCUGUACUGAACGCGGAGGGACAUGUUUUCGUCUGGGGCUAUGGAAUUCUUGGGAAAGGACCAAAGCUCUUGGAAACAGCAAUUCCAGAAAUGAUUCCACCCACGCUCUUUGGUUUGACGGAGUUUAACCCUGAAGUCCAGGUUUCCCAGAUCCGAUGUGGGCUUAGCCACUUUGCCGCACUCACCAACAAGGGUGAGCUGUUCGUGUGGGGCAAGAACAUCCGAGGGUGCUUGGGGAUUGGCCGCCUGGAAGACCAGUACUUCCCAUGGAGGGUGACGAUGCCCGGUGAGCCUGUGGAUGUGGCGUGUGGAGUGGAUCACAUGGUGACUCUAGCCAAGUCAUUCAUCUGAAAGGCCCUCUGGGCCCAGCCUGGGAGCCACACCACAGCAGCAGCUUAGCAGAGGCAGGGGAUGGCCACCAGCAGAGCUUCUGAGGGUACUGGGAGAGGGCCAGGGUCUCUGGGGUGCAGGAUGCUUGCUGUGUGUCCUCAGUGGGGACAUUCUACUAGAGGUCUGUAGACAAAGCCCUUCCCCCGCUGAGGUUCCUGCUGCUGACCUCAGCUCAGGAUGGCUACAGUUGGCUUGGCGUGUUUCUGAGGAGUACCAGGGCAUGAAGACCUUGAGUGGCCAGGCAGACUCCUUUUCCAGGUAAAACAUGGUAGCAUCUGGGGAUGUGUCUUGUCUGAGACACUAUUCUUAGAGAAAGCUCACUGCUCAUGACACAUUUGAUAUUAAGAGUUUAGAGACAUGACAAGGCACUCAGAAGAACUUGUAGUCCCCUGUCACAGGAGGAUAAACUUGGGCCUCAGCAAGAGAGCCAGAUGGACUGCCUUCAGCUAGGGCCUCUCUGGUCAGCUGUCAUCCCAGGAGUCCCACAGAAGGACAGUCCAGGGCCCAGGAUGCCUUGGCUUGAGACUCUUGAUGGAGCUGCCAGUGGGAGCCAGCCUCCCGCUCAGGUCUACAGUAUCCCAGCCUUGGAACUUCCUCACUGCCUGGCUUUGCACAGCCCAGAAGCCCCUGAAGAAAGACUGCGGGCCAAGUGCUUGUGGACUCUUGGCUGAAGGGCUGGCCUGGAGUGGGAGGCCUCAGAAAGUGGGAAAAGCCUUGUCUUUAGGAAAGCUUGUCCUUUCCUUUCAGAACAGGGUUUGAAAAGGUCUUUUGGAAUAAAGUCUAUUUUCUGCCUUUUUAAAGAAUGGAGGUCUUGUAAAA